AUGGGAGGGAAGACCAAGCAAGGCGCCCAGCUGCGAGUAGGCCCAGCAGAGGUCCAGCUGUGGAAAAGGCUGGCCCUACUGCCAUGGACAUGGAGUCUUCUGUACCGAGUCCCAUUUUUAGUGCUCGAAUGUCCCAACUUGAAGCUGAAGAAACCGCUCUGGGUGCACAUGCUCUUGGCUAUGACGGUGUACGCCCUGGUGGUAGUAUCUUACUUCUUCAUUACCGGAGGAAUAAUCUAUGAUGUUAGUGUUGAACCUCCAAGUGUUGACUCAAUGACCGAUGAGCAUGGGCAUCAGAGACCAGUAGCUUUCUUGGCUCGUAGAGUAAAUGGACAGUAUAUUAUGGAAGGACUUGCAUCUAGCUUUCUGUUUACAAUGGGAGGUUUAGGCUUCAUAAUCCUGGACCGAUCCAACGCACCAAUUAUACCAAAACUCAGUGGGUUUCUUCUUCUCAUUGGCUUCGUCUGUGUUCUACUGAGUUUCUUCAUAGCUAGAGUAUUCAUGAGAAUGAAAUUGCCGGACUGCCUGAUGGGCUAG